AUGUCUCACCCGUGCUUCGUGAAUGAGGUCACUGAGCCAAUCAGGGUCAUCAGUACAGGUGCCGGGGUAUCGGAGGAAGAAUGCUCUGGGGCUGAAGUUCACCAGUUCUCGACCUUGGAGCAGGUGCAGUCCCACUUCAGCCGCACUGAAAUCCUUGAACAACCCUACCACUUUAUAUCGAUAUGUCAGCGCCAGUCUUGGAAGCCUCUACAGGUCACCAAAUCGAUGCUGAGCUUUAUCGUUGACAGGUUCGAACUGAAGUCUCGCAUCUGGGACGUAGCCUCGUCAUUUUAUGCGAAAGACUUCGAUGUUGAAUCAACCUUUUGCAUUCCUUUUACGGUCUCUCGCGAUGGGUCAAUAGCAGAGGUGUCGUAUACAAUUCGAUAUCCGGAAUUCAAGGCUGCUCAAGGUUCUUGGAUUAUUAGGCAGAGCGGUAUUUACCAAAGAUUUAACAAUGAAACAAAACAAAAUCUUUGUAUCCUAUUCAAUCCAAUACAGGGUUCCAAACUGCAUCAAGUUGUGCAGGACUGCAUUUCUAAAGUCUCCAGAAAUGCCCUGAAAGACGCAUUUUGGCUGCACAAGCAAGUCUUUAACACAUAUUUCUCCUCUUGGAGGCUUUACAAUACAUACCUAGAGACAAGGCUUCUCCCCAUUGCGAACAAAGCAGUAGCUACGUGGAUCGAAGAAUUGACGGAAGCCGAGUACCGCCAUCUGACCGACUUGGCCUAUCUAGAGAGCCGCUUACUCCAGAUGCUGGCCCUUCUGGGAAGCUCGGACGAGCUACUAGAGGGCUUAUCUUCUCUCUGUCGCAAUUGGCAUCCUGAUUCAACAGGGCAUGAUAGACAGUCAGCCAUAUCGGGGUUAACGGAAUUUCAGAACCACCAGCUUAAAUGCCGCGCAUACGUUAGAACAGCAGAGUAUCUACAGAAACUGACUGAGAAAAAUACUCAGCUUCUGGCAAACACUCUAUCAUUCCGGGAGCAAUUAUACGCCAAAGCUCAAAAUGACAACAUGCUUCGGUUAAAUAAAUCUGCUGUGUUCAUUACUACCCUGACCUUGUUCUAUUUACCGGCUUCAUUUGCAGCAACAUUCUUUGGAAUGAACUUCUUUGAUCUUGAUGAUAGUGGUGAUCAGAUUGUAAUGACCUCCAUGAUAUGGAUAUACUUCGUAUCUUCUGCUGGCCUUACUAUUGGCACCUUGCUGCUGUAUCAUGUUCUUCUAAACAAAACUCUUAUUAGGCAUUUAGUAGGAAAUGUUCCAAUUGUUAAGACACUCAUGCUUGGGAGAAGUAGAAAGGAAUCUUCUGAUAUGGAAUUGGGCAGCAUGGAAUAA